AUGGACGCACAGUUCGAAGUAGAAGACUGGGAGUUCCUCCACCCAAACGAAGACGUUCUCGUUCCCGUCCCCUUUGCUCCGCCCACACUCCAGCCCAUCCACCCUAUCCGUCCCGACCAUUUCUCCCUCCUACCUGUCGAUCAUCAUCCCAAUCCCAAUUCUGAUUCCAAUUCCAAUUCCACUAGCAGUUCCAAUUCCAACUCCGAGGUCGAUCGCAAUUUCGAUGAUUCCUAUGUUGCCAAUCAGCUUUUUCCCAAUCCCACCGCUCCAUGGACUGCUGAUUCCGAUUCUGACACGGUCACCGCGGGGACCAUGCCUGGGGCCGAGAUUGUGCCGGUGGAGAACUUGAAGGCAGAGGAAGAGGACAGAGAGGAAGAGGAAGUGAAAGAGGAGAUGGAGGAGGAGAAGAGAUUGGUGUGGUGGAAGGUUCCGUUUGAGGUGUUGAAGUGUUGGGUGAACCCUCUGCCUCUGCCUCUCCCUGUCUGGUCUCUCUCUGUGGCUGCUGCUGCUGCUUUUCUCGGACUCUUCUUCCUGGGAAGGAGGUUGUACAGAAUGAAGCGCAAGAGUCAGACCUUGAAGCUCAACCUCGCUCUCGAUGAUAAGAAGGUGUCUCAGCUCAUGGGUCGUGUAGCACGUCUUAAUGAAGCAUUUUCAGUUGUGAGACGUGUGCCAAUAGUGCGACCACCAUCUCUACCAGCUUCAAGUGUGACUCUGAGGCCUGUGAUGAGCAUGAGAUGA